UAAUCCUGCCGAGGGCACCAUAAAUCCUAAGGACGGCCCUGGAUAUAAUGCUAAGAAAAAGUACAUGUACUGGGCCAUAUCCUCAGACAUUUUUCCAUUGAAGUAAGUUGGUGAAACUCCACUGACAUGAGCUAGGAAUCUGGUCAGCAUGACCUGUAGCAGGCAACCUGUACAGCUUUGUCACUAAACUUCUAUCCUAAUCCCAGCAUAGCUAUCAUUCCAGCCUCUGUUUGAGAGGCUGCCAAUUAUAACAACUCAUAUGGUGGUUUUAUGAUUCAUUUUCUCAUGUCAUUUAUGCAAGAUAAUAUUAGUUAUCUCUGUAGUGGAGCUUGUAGAGAUGAUAGGCAAGUGCAUUAUAAAACACUAUUCUACUUGGCCCUCUGCAGUACAUCUUUAACUUGUGCACCAUUUAUUCUUGUAAUAUAUUUUGUUGAGCAACUUUAUAUAUUGUCAUGUUACAUACAGCUUCUCUCUUCCAGGUCACUUGGCCACUUUGCCACUUUAUAUUUAUGAGUGAAUGUACUGGCCUUCCAAAAAUGAUGGUCCUGCAGUUAAGGCAUGGGGCUGGGAGUUCUGGGUUCUAUUCCUAUCUCUGUGACCUUUCUGAAAUCACUUAAAACUAAGUUCUGCAACCUCAGCCUCCCUUUCUACUCCUGCAUUUUGCAAGCACACAAUGUUUAGAUACCUAAGAAAUUGUCUGAGCCCAUGUUAGGGAAACACACCAUUUAAAGUUGUUGGUUUUUAUCUGUAAAACUUAGAGGCAAAAUAUUGGAAUAUGACAUUCAUAACUGUCAAACAGGAAAUCUCAUUAGAGUAUGUAGGAAAGAGAGAAGCAACUACCUGUAUUUCAGGUUGUUAGGUAAGACAAGUAUCUGGAAGUAUUUUUUCUCAUAUGAAUGAGUUUUUCCAACUUCCAUUGGAACAGGGCUUUAAAAAAAUCCCUUUAGCUUGUAUAUCUUAAAUUUAAAAAAAAAAAAGUUUUUACCUUUCCUUAUUUAGGAUCGGUACUUUUGUCUUGUUUUCCAUUGUAACCCUUCCUUCAUAUUCCAUCUUCUACAAGUGUCCUGUUGUCCUGGGAGAAUAAUCUGUGUAGGGUGAGAGGGACUUUUGAUUUUUAAAACAUAUAGCCGGAUGAGAACAAGUUUCAUUCUCCGCAGGAUUUGAGACAGUGGACCUUUUGAAAUUGACUGCUCUGACCACCCUUUUAUUUUUAAUUUUAAGAUCAAAAUGUGGAUUAUAUAAAAAGUGUGCAGCUGUUAGGACCUUUAUGUGAAUCUAUUCAUUUGCAUCUACAAUCCCUGACCAUGGAACAGUUUGAAGUUCAGUACUCAUUGUGGUUCCAGUGGACAAACUGUACGGAGCUACUCCUUGAAGUGUUUGCUGCACUGGAUAGCAUGGAAGCUACAGCAAUUGCACUUAGCUUAAUGAAACUAACAUCGUGUCUGGAGCGAGCCUUAGGUGAUGUUUUCUUACUAGUUGGUAAGGACUGUCCAUUCCUUUUAAGAGAUUUGCUUGCAUCUCAGGAGCUUGCUGCAGUGUUUGGACAAUCUGUGAUGAAUGUGCUAAGAGUAUUCAUUGGCUCUCCAUGUGGUCUAAAUCUCCGUAACAUUUUGUGGCAUGGAUUUGCUUCCCCUCAAGAAAUUCCUGCAAAAUAUUGCUCUAUGCUGCUUAUUUUAACUGCAGGAUUGGGCCAGUUGCUAAAGAUAUACCUGUUGCAAACUGAAACCAUUUUAGUACAUCGACCUUAUAUAGCCUUCACUAACUUAAAGGAGUUGGACGUUUUUCCAGAUAUUAAUCAUGAAGCACUUUCCUUAACUGAGGAACUAGCAAAGAUAUCCAGUUUUGUAUUAAAACCAAUGUUACCAUUUUGGGUUGCUGCACUAACAGCUUUCAGGCAACACAGGUAUGCUGAUUGCGUUAUACUGUUACUCCCUCAGCUGGAAACUGGACUUAGGUUACUCUUCACCACAGUUAAUAAGUGUCCCAAUAGACUGUUAACUGCAGAGUCAUCUUCUCUUUAUACUACUUUUGAUGAGAUGCUAACAAAACAGCUGAAUGACAAAGAGAUCAAUCAGCUUCCUCUAAUUCUUGGAGAGCCUUCAAUGGAAUUCCUUUGGGAUUUCUUGAACCAUCAAGAGGGUCCACGUGUAAGAGAUCAUUUAAGCCAUGGAGAGAUAAACUUAAAUGAGUUUCCAAGAGAAAUAGCCAAUCAGAUACUUGCAUUUUCAGUUACACUUUUAUGCAGAUUUUCAGAAGUGGAGGAGCUCGCAACUCUUAAGGAACACACAGCCAUUAAACCACUGAUCAGCUGUGCAAGUUGCUACCGUUCUCGGUUUCAUCCAAUUGCCCGACUUAAGAAACAGGUGCUGGAGUGUAUGAAGAGCAUUAGUUCGUGGCCUGAGCUUCCUAUAGUGCCUGAAGAGCAAAUUCAAGAAAUUCCAGGGUUGGAAAGAAGUGCAGAAAGUAGUCCUUGUAUUUCUAUGACUACAGAAAUCCUUUCUCAGUUGCAACACCAUUUGCCCCAGAAUUGCUAUAUUUUAGAUGAUCUAAUGAAUAAUCUUCUAAGCGAGAAGCUGCUGGUUCAACUCUGUAGUACGCACAUUUGUACCCUGUACUGCCCACGUUCUGUACUGGAAAUAUUGGUUGUAUUCCGUAAGAUAAGCGCACAGUGCCAUCAAGUGUCAGAUCAAGUUAUUGCUAGCACUGAAAUGAGAUACAAAAAGUGGAUAAACAAGAUACUGCGUUCGCGACAGAGGCAUAACUAUCUACGAAUGUUAAACAGCAUUAAAUUUCUGUCUCCUGUGUUACGGCUGAUUUUAAUGUUGAUUAUUCUGGAAUUAAUCAACAUCCAUACUGUUUGUGAGAAGAAUCCUUGUGAUUAUCAGCAGUAUAUAAAGUUUCUAAAGUCAAUCUUGCAGUAUACUGAGAACUUGGUGACAUACACAAGCCCAGAGAAAAACAAAUGGGAUGAAUCCGUGGAGCUUACACACAAAGCUUUGAUAAAAAUUAAGACUUUCAGUGAGAGAAAGCUAACAUUAAUGCAGCUAGCGACACAAGUGAAGCUGUCUUGAAAACACUUGGUUUCUGUUACAUCUCAAAAUUAUUAUUUUUUUAAUGCCUCAAAACUUAAUGUGGCCAAAACUCUUAGAAUAUUUCUACUCCUUUCUUUGAGUGCCGCUUCCAUCAAAAUGCCUUUGGAAGCAGAAUUUUGUAUUUACAUAGUGACAGUGUUGCUGAUUGGAGUUGGAUAAUUGCACUUCCUGAAAAUGGAACAUUUUGUCAAGUGCACAACGGAACUCUGAGCUCUUACCUCAAAAUGAUUUGAAAUGUAUCUAUUAUUUAAGUAUACUAUGUAUACUUUAAACUUUUUUGUUUUUAUUUUUUUAUAGUGUACCUGAAAAUGACCAGGAAAACAACUGAAAUAAAUGUAUUGGGAAAAAUAUUGAACUGAAAAAAAGGUAUCAGUGUGGUGAAGCUAAUAUUUGACCCUUUUCAUGGCCACAUGCGACCCAUUAUCUCUCAUAUGCGCUUAAUCAAAUUCCCUCCUCCCCCCAACAACAGCAACAAAAACCAACAAAACCACUUCACAACAUUUUGAGUUAACAGCAUUUCCUGAAAUCCUUGUUUGCUGAUAUUAGCACAGAAAUGGGCAAACCUUGGUGUGUGAUUUUUUUUUUUUAAAGAACGUUUGUGUCUAGAAUUUGCACCUGUUUACAUGCAAAAAUACUAACAUUUUUGUGUUCUCAGCGAUAAAUAUUGAGUAUUUUUUACACUCACUGUCAUGGUACCUUUUUUGGUUAGUUUAAUUUUUCAUUUUAUCUGCUAAUCGCAAUCUUUAAUUAUUCAUAGUUUGGGUAGAAAUUUGGUUUUGUACAUUGAAAAAUCAGAAAACAGAAAUGUUCAUCUUGAUCCUAAAAGUGAUAUUAUGUCCUCAUGUUGCAUACCUCAUUUUUGUCUUUGUUUUUCAAAAAUUAUGAAAAUAAAUCUCUCUUCUGCCCCCCCUUAAAAAAAAAGAAAGAAAGAAAGAAAGAAAGAAAGGGGCCUGCAUGAAUUCAAUAAACAAGCCAUCUAUCGUUUUAACAUCAAUCCAUGUGUUUUUCCUAAAGGAUGUAAAACAGAUAAAUGCCUCUUGGUCAGGUCACCAUUUUUUAGUAUUUGUUAGUGCUGUAAGAGGCUAAUUACAAUAAAAGAUUGACUUGUUUAGUCUGAAGAUCA